AUGGAUUUGAAGUGGCCUCAUCUGGGAAUGAUGUUCUUUAUAAUAGUGUCCAUCGCCAUGACCUGCUGCUUUGUGUGGCAAUACCAACUGCCGAAGCAAGCCACUAUCGAUACAAAAGCUUGCAAGCCUGUGAAGCCAGUCCAAAUGUGUCCCAGACAUCCCAAACCUGUCCACUUGGUGCAUCCCAUUCCCAUUCUGACAGAAGCUUUGCAAAAGAUCGAAUUCCUUUUACGCCACCAAAUCCAUCCAAUGAGCCUGCCGUCGAUUUCCGCUAUUGUCGUCUAUAAUGACACCGUGCUGUGGACUGGGAAUUUUGGAAAAAGAAAUAUCUCCGAUGAUUUUUCACAUCCACCAAACGAAUAUACUGCCUACAGGAUUGCAAGCAUUUCCAAGAUAUUCCCGACUAUCAUGCUGUAUAAACUAUGGGAGGAAGGGAAAAUUGCAUCUUUGGAUGACCCACUCACAAAAUACGUGAAAAACUUCACUGUUAAAAACCCACUGGGCAGCUCGGUACAGCAAUCCGAAGCAGAAGGUCUGGUGUUUCUAGAGAGAAGGGGGGCUGCUACCAAAGUAGCGUCCGUGACAUUGAAAAGAAUGGCGAGUCAACUAUCAGGUUUACCCAGACGACUCCGGUCGACAAGUCUGCUGUGGGACGGAAGCACGGACAUGGCCCUGAAACUCCUCCAGGAUGAUUUACUCAUUGCAGACCCCGGCACAAGAUGCCAUUACAGUAAUUUGGCCUUCUCCCUGCUGGCCCAUGUUCUGGCCAAUACUGUGGCUGGGUUAGACUUCCAGCAGUGGGUGACAGAGAAUAUAUUGGCCAAGAUAGGCAUGGAGCAGACGGGGUUUGAGUUCACCGCGUCGGUGCGUGCCCAGCUGUCGGUCGGCGUCUACAGCAGCGGUAAACCGGCUCAACUCUACGACCUGGGCUGGUACCGGCCCUCGGGCCAGAUGUACUCCACGGCCGCCGACCUGGCCAAGCUGUGCAUGGCGCUGCUGGGGGCCGCCCGCAACAAGGGCAUCCUGCAGCCCGAGACCCUGAAGGUGAUGCUGACCCCGCUGCUCCGCUGCUCCGAGGAUUACUUCGCCAGUAAGACGGGGACCCCGUGGGAGAUCACGGAGCAGAUGGGCUACGAUGUGAUGAAGAAGGACGGAGACCUGGACGGCUACUCAGCCACCUUCUCCCUGGUCCCUCGCCUCAAGGUGGGCUUCGUCGUCUUAAUGGCGGGGUCUCGCCCCCGGGAGGUGGACCUAACCGCGGCCGUAUACGGUCACCUCAUCCCUGCCAUGGAGUCUGCCUUCCGCCAGGGCCACAGGCUACUGCAUCCACCCCCCACCUCCCUGCCCUACCUGGGUUACUACACCUUCUCCAACUUGACCUUCUACCAAAUAACGAAAGAAAAGAGUGGAGUGUUGGUCAUGCAACAGUUCGGCCCGCACAUUGAGACUCUGAUACCCGAGAUGUAUAGGACUAUCAAGCUGUGCUAUCUACAGGAGAGAGUCUUUCAGAUUGUAUUUGAGAAGGAAUACCCCUGUGUCCUGAAGUUCAACGCUGCCUCUGUGUCACUGGAAGCUCAAGAUGGGCAACUGUUUAACUUCUUCCCCUUCGACAGUAAAGGCCUGUCCACUGGAUUCGACGCUCCGGGUCUGAACACGUAUAAUAUCCUCCGAAUCAGCCGCAGGCCGAGGUUCUGAGACAUUUCAGCAGAGUUGUAGAACAACAGGCACUUUGGAAAAGUAUAGUCACCUUAUUUACAGAAUGAACAGCCGCCAACUCGA